AUGGACGCAACUCCAAAUAGGAAAAGACAUAGAAUGACCGCGCCCUGCACGAACGGCGCCCAGACCGGGGCCCGCGUGCACUGCAUCGGCCAGCGGUGCUUGCUCCUCGCCGCAGCGUGCGUGAUCGGCGGCGCAGAUGCGCUUCUCACGUCGCCGCGCCGCGGGCCGAGGCGAGGCGCAGCGCUCGGCGCCAAGACCACGCAGACGAUCUACAUCACCGACGGCGUCGGCGACCCCUUUCCCAUCAAGCCGCACAAGCCCAGGCGCGCGGCGAGCGGCAAGAAGGGCUUCGCCGCCGCGGCGGCGGCGGCGCCGGACGGCGCGUUCGGCAAGCUCUGCCGCUGGGUCGCGAAGAAGGGGGGCAAGAGCGACGGCGUGGCCGUGGGCGACGUCGGCGGCGGCCUGCGCGGCGUCGUCGCGACGCGGGACUUCGCCGUCGGCGACACGGUCUUCAGCGUGCCCAAGGCCGAGUGCGUGCUCUCCGAGGGCCGCGCGGACGCGUCGCCCGUCGCGGAGGUCUGGCGCGUCCUGCCCGCGCCGGCGCCGCACGUCCGCGUGGCGCUGCUGCUGCUCUACCUCGAGCGCGUCGAGCGCAAGGCCUGGGCGCCCCUGCUCGACGUGCUCCCGUCGCCGGCGGACCUGUCGGCGCCCGGGCCCAUGCGGCUCUGGGCGCCGGCCGAGGUCGCGGAGACGCAGGACCCGCAGCUCGUGGAGCGCGUCGGCGCGCAGGUCGCGGCGGACGACGCCGCGUACGACGACGUGGUCGUGCCGGGCUGGACCGCGGCGGACUUUGGCGAUCCGCCGACGCGGGACGCGUUCAAGAUCGCCGUCGCGACAAUCACGAGCCGCGCCAAGGGCGAGCGCACGGCCAAGGCGCAGCGGGAGCGCAGCUCCUACAUGCUCGUGCCCCUCGCGGACCUCUGCAACCACCGCGACCCCGCGGGCAGCAACGCGGCCGAGGCGCUCGCGCCGUGGGGCCACUUCGUCGUCGCGGCGUCGCGGCGCGUGAGGGCCGGCGAGGAGAUCCGCGUGUCCUACGGCGCGCUGCCGAACCGCGCGCUCCUCGCGCAGUUCGGCUUCCAGCUGCCGCUCGACGACGACGACGCGCCCCUGCUCGACGUCGCCGACGCGCUCGCGGCGGCGGACGCCGCGGCCGUCGACGCGUGCGCCGUCGAGGGGCUCCUCGCGCGCGACGCGCGCCGCGCCGUCGACCGCUGGCAGCGCGCGGGGCCGAACCUCGAGGCCGCGGCGGCGGCGCUGGGCAUCGACUACGCGGCGCUCCUCGGCCGCGCGCUCGCGGCCUGCGCGACGACGCUCGAGGCGGACGAGGCCGCCGCGGCCGCGGGCGGCCAGGACCCGCGCCUCGCGGAGGCGCUCGCGUUCCGCAUCCCGAACAAGGCGUACCUCGCCGCCCACGGGACGCCGCCCUAA